AUGAACGAGCAGUUUGAGGAGUUUGCUCAAGCUCACUCCCUCCGACAUGGCUACAUUCUAGCUCAAACAUUGUCGCCAGUGCCGCCGCCUGGGCAGCCCAACAAGCUUCGGCAAAUACUACAAAGCACAAAUUCUCACAGCAUAAAAGGCGACUUGAAACAUUUUAUCAAGACUAAGACGGCUCGAAAAGUCAAGAUUGACCACGAUGAGAUUAACGGCUGGGUUGAGGUCUACGCCGCUUACUGGAAGGCUGCCGGUGAAAUUGUUGCCGGCGAGGAGGGAAAAUCAUCAUGGACCAAGGUGUACGAGGCAUGGAAAGACUUGACGUCCAUGCUCAUCCGCGGGUACAACAAUCACGGCUUCGAAGCAUGGACCAUCCCGACGCUGUACAUGGUCGGCAAGUACUUACGACUCUUUGCCAUCAAGUCGGAUGCAGAACGCAGCAAGCAAUCUGAAGUAGUGCCGACGGGAUCAGCCGCCCUUAUGCAGGACGACUUUGACCCCGAAGCAGAUGAACAGGCUCAGCUGCGCGACUGCGAGCAGCACUUGAAGAGAAUAUUCACCCUUUGUCUCAAUGAUAGGGCUCCAUUGGAAGAAUCAAGAAAGUGGGGGAUAUACUACAUCAUCAACUUGCUGUUCAAGACAUAUUUCAAACUUAACUCUGCCUCACUGUCGAGAACAAUUCUCAAGACGCUCGCAGUGUAUAAUCAAAAGGGAGACAUGCCGCCUUUAGAAUCGUUCCCAAAGUCGCAGCGGGUCACUUUCAAAUACUACGAGGGUGUGCUCUUCUUCCUCGAAGAGAACUACACAGAGGCUGAAAAGUACCUUGUUGAAGCUUGGGACCUUUGCCAGAAAGACGCCAAAACAAACUCGGAGCGCAUCCUCACAUAUCUCAUCCCUUGCCGGCUCCUAACGAGCCAUGUACUCCCCACCAAGAAGCUCUUGGAGCCUUAUCCCCGCUUACAGGAGCUGUUUUUGCCCCUAGCCAAAUGCAUUCGGAGUGGCGACUUGCGCAACUUUGACAUUGCGCUGCAGAGUGGAGAAGAUCAGUUCGUCAAACGUCGCAUAUACCUCACCCUCGAACGCGGUCGCGACAUUGCGCUGCGCAACCUGCUUCGCAAGGUAUUCAUAGCGGGUGGGUUUGACGAGCCCAAAGAAAGCGAAACGACCCGCGUCCGUCGCACGCGCGUUCCAGUCGCAGAAUUCCAGGCUGCCAUUAGUAUGGGCAGCGGUGGCGACAGCAUCGACACGGAUGAGGUUGAGUGCUUACUGGCUAAUAUGAUAUACAAGGAUCUGAUGAAGGGCUACAUUGCGCGCGAGCGCGGCAUCGUGGUGCUAUCGAAGAAGGGCGCCUUUCCGGGAACAGGGUUGUAG